ACGACCUCUAAAUAUGGGAAUAACGGAGAGAGAGUAUAAAGAAACAAAUAAGAAAGAGGCGAAUGAUAAAAAUAGAACAAGGUGGAACAACGGAAGAAUAAUCGAAGUAGGAUCAAUAAUAAUUGUAAGGGAUACGGAUAAUUAUAAGACAGGGGCGGAAAUAAAGAAAUGA